UCCACGUUAACGCGCAGCUCGGUGGAAACUUGUCUGGAUGAAAGUUUAACACACGUCUCGACUAAUGUCUGUCACUUAAACUAAGACUAUUUCAUCAAGUAUUUCCACGUCCACAACUCUGCUGAUGUCUGACGAGGGGGAGGAAAGCGAUAGCGGGGAGCGAGCCCAUCGCUCGGAGCCUCCCUCGCCGCCUUUGUGUCUCCCCAGAGGAUCACCUUCAUGUCGGCGGCCCCUGGACCUUUUCUCCUCGGCCUCUCCGCUCCUGGAGGACACGGACCCGCCAUACCUGGCCUCCCCCGACUGUCUUCACUCGCCCCCGGAUACGCGAGAACAGGGGGACUGCCCUCACCUCACACCGCCAAAGUUCCGCCACUGCGCCGGGGAUUCUCCGUUGAGUUCGCACCAAUAUGCGCACCUUGACGUGGUGUGUGACCGCUACGAUGAGCCGCUCCCUCCCUGGAAGGGACGUGGCUCCGAGAGCGCCGGCAGCCUUCAGCACCGCGGACAGAGAGUUUACCGAGUCUCCGAGUCUCAGGGCUGUGGAAACCACCAUGCCAAUGAGCACAUAGACACCGACGUCAACUCAGACACCCGGCAAUCUGUUGAGACUAUGCACCGCCGCCACACUACGCUGAGAGAGAAGGGGCGUCGCCAGGCAGUGCGAGGCCCAGCCUACAUGUUCAAUGAGCGCGGUUCGGCUCUCACUGCAGAAGAGGAACGCUUUCUGGAUGCUGCCGAGUAUGGGAAUAUUCCUGUAGUGCGCAAAAUGCUAGAGGACUCCAAAACCCUCAACUUUAAUUGUGUGGACUACAUGGGCCAGAAUGCAUUGCAACUGGCUGUUGGAAACGAGCAUCUCGAGGUGACCGAGCUGCUGCUGAAGAAGGAUGGCUUGGCUCGGAUCGGAGAUGGUCUGCUUUUGGCUAUUUCCAAGGGGUACGUUCGCAUCGUCGAAGCCAUCCUCGGACACCAUGCCUUCGGCGGGGGGCUUCGCCUGGCUUUGGGUCCUCUGGAGCAGGAGAUGCGCGAUGAUGACUUCUACGCUUACGACGAGGACGGGACACGUUUCUCGCACGACGUCACGCCCAUCAUCCUGGCUGCUCACUGCCAGGAGUAUGAGAUCGUGCACAUUCUGUUGACCAAAGGGGCCCGCAUAGAGAGACCGCAUGACUACUUCUGCAAGUGCUUAGAGUGUGUGGAGAAACAGAAGAAAGACUCAUUUAGUCAUUCACGCUCGAGGAUGAAUGCAUACAAAGGCCUCGCCAGCGCGGCUUACCUGUCACUCAGCAGUGAAGAUCCUGUGUUGACAGCCCUGGAGCUCAGCAACGAGCUGGCCAGACUGGCCAACAUUGAGACUGAGUUUAAGAAUGAAUACCGAAAGCUGUCCAUGCAGUGUAAAGACUUUGUUGUAGGAGUGUUGGACCUCUGUCGGGACACAGAGGAAGUGGAAGCCAUACUGAAUGGUGAUGUCGACCUGUGCCCGCCGAGCCCCUACAACCGACCCUGCCUCAGCCGUGUCAAACUGGCAAUCAAAUAUGAAGUGAAAAAGUUUGUGGCCCAUCCUAACUGUCAACAGCAGCUGCUGACUAUUUGGUACGAGAACCUUCCUGGUCUGAGGCAACAGUCCGUUGGGGUCAAAUGCUGGACAGUGCUGGGGGUCACAGUCGGCCUGCCGUUCUUGGCUGUCGCCUACUGGAUCAUGCCAUGUAGCAAGCUGGGUCAGAUCCUGAGAAGCCCAUUCAUGAAGUUUGUAGCUCACGCCGUCUCCUUCACGAUCUUCCUGGGCCUUCUGGUCGUCAACGCCUCAGACCGCUUUGAGGGCGUGAAGAACCUGCCCAAUGAGACCAUCACGGACCACCCACGGCAGGUGUUCCGGGUGAAGACCACCCAGUUUUCCUGGACAGAGAUGUUGAUCAUGAAGUGGGUGUUGGGCAUGAUUUGGUCCGAAUGUAAGGAGAUUUGGAGUGACGGGCCCAGAGAGUACAUUAUGCACCUGUGGAACGUCCUGGACUUCGGCAUGCUGUCCAUCUUUGUGGCGUCGUUCACAGCACGCUUCAUGGCGUUUCUCAAGGCAUCCAAAGCCCAGCAGUAUGUGGACAUGCACGUGCCCGAUGAAGACAUCAGCAACGCCUCGCUGCCUGACGAGGUGGCCUACUUUACAUUUGCCAGGAACAAGUGGCGCCCGUCAGACCCCCAGAUCAUCUCUGAGGGUCUGUACGCCAUCGCGGUGGUCCUGAGCUUCUCACGCAUCGCCUACAUCCUCCCAGCCAAUGAGAGCUUUGGUCCCCUGCAGAUCUCGCUGGGGCGUACGGUGAAAGAUAUCUUCAAGUUCAUGGUGAUCUUCAUCAUGGUGUUUGUGGCCUUCAUGAUUGGCAUGUUCAACUUGUACUCCUACUACCUGGGAGCAAAGUACAACCCAGCCUUCACCACGGUGGAGGAAAGUUUUAAGACUCUCUUCUGGUCCAUCUUUGGGCUGUCAGAAGUGAUCUCAGUGGUGCUGAAGUAUGAUCACAAGUUCAUCGAGAACAUUGGCUACGUGCUGUAUGGGGUCUACAACGUCACCAUGGUGGUGGUCCUUCUCAACAUGCUCAUCGCCAUGAUCAACAGCUCGUACCAGGAAAUUGAGGAGGACGCUGAUGUGGAGUGGAAGUUUGCUCGGGCCAAGCUGUGGCUCUCCUACUUCGACGAGGGCCGUACGUUACCCGCCCCCUUCAACCUGGUCCCCAGCCCAAAGUCCUUCUACUACCUGGUCCUGCGUUUCAAGUCCUGCCUUAUAGGAAUGUGCAAGGUGGGCAGACAUCAGCACAAUAAUGAGCUGGAGCUGGGGAUGCUCAACUCUCAGGCCAAGGGUGAGCACUUCAGGUCUUAUCCGCCUCCCAGGGAAGAGUUCCAGAACUUAUCGAGAAAUUCUAGAAAACAUCCAACCAGAUACCAAAAGAUCAUGAAGCGACUCAUUAAGCGUUAUGUCCUCAAGGCCCAGGUGGACAGAGAGAGUGAUGAGGUCAAUGAAGGCGAGCUGAAGGAGAUCAAGCAGGACAUUUCCAGCCUGCGCUAUGAGCUCCUGGAGGAAAAGUCGCAGGCUGCUGGGGAGCUGGCUCUGCUUAUUCAGCAACUUGGUGACAAAUUUGGCAAGAACACCAUGAGGCACUGACGCUACGGGAGAAAGACGGGUGACAAAACUGGGGCCUUGAUUACGGAAAACGGUGGAGAUGGGAAGCAGGAUGUUUGAGGAACAAAACCUUAUUUGGGUUAUAGUAACAUUUCCUGUCUUCAGGCAAAACCCUCAAGAUAAUGUUUGCAUUGCUUAUUAGUGUGAGGCCCAGAAAACCCAAGCUUGUGUUGACAGUUUUCAUUAAAAUAGAAGAGAGUAGCUUGUAGACUAGGGAAAAAAAAGGAGGAGGCAACUCUCUCCCCCCACCAUGAGAUGUGAUGAAGAUGCACAUGCACUGCCAAAAGUUAUCAGCACAUCUCCAUAAAGUGGAAGAAAAAGAGGAAUUUGUUCAAGAAAGAAAAGGCUGGUUUUCUUUUUGUGUCAUGACAAGCAUGUCAAGACAUCGCGCAUCCCUUUACCCAACAGGCAGUCUAAUUAAUGCAUUCCCGUCCCGAUUGUACAACGUGUCUGUCAGGGAGAAAAAAGAGAUUAUCUGAGGGGAAAUGUCUGAUUGAUGGACUCACUUGAGUGUCAAAACAUUUGAUAGUAUGAAAGACCAGUACCUUCUCAUGUUGGCACAACACCAGCUCAACAUGCAGUGGGUUUAAAACCGUUCAGUUGUUUAAAAAAUGAAAUUAUUCCCUGUAAAAGCUUUUUUUUUUAUCUAAAGUGUCAGGAAGUGUAGUCUCAUUUUGGACACCCUGGACUGAUGAGCAGUCAGUGACACCUAUGGGCAAUUUAAAGUCUCCAAUUAACCUAACAGGCUUGCUUUUGGACUGUGGGAGGAACAUGAACAUAUAGAAAAACCCAUAAUUGAACACAAGACCUCCUAGCUGUACUCACCACUGUGCCACUGUGCUGCCCUCUCACACAGUACACUUACAGGUAUACAGUACUCAUAUGCUGUACAGUACUUCACGCAGGUGAGCACGCCCCUCAUGCUUGCUAUUACACUACAUCUUCUCAAGGGACAAUACUACAGAAGUGAAAGUUGGAUAUAACACAGUGUGUCCAAAUUGUGUCCUCGGUGUGAAUAUUUCGUGGAAGUACCAUUGUUAUCGGGCACUGCCUUAAUCCUCUUGGGCAUGGAAUUCACUAGAGCUGCACAGAUUGUUACCGGAAUCCGCUUCCACUCUUCCAUGACGACAUCACUGGUGGAGCUGGUGGAUGUGAGACACCUCGCUCUCGCUGGAGACAUGCUCGGCCACUCCAUCACCCUCCUCUCCAGCUUCAUCAGCAAGGCACGAGUCAUCUUGGAGGUGCGUUUGUGCUCCUUACUAUGUUGGCAACCAGUCUCCCCGGGGGGGAAUCGUGCUCUGCGCCACAGUGGCACAGAACAUGUUGGAAUACACUCCAGAUCAACAUUUUAAGACCGGUUAAAAAUGACAACAAUUUACAUUUUGCAUUAUUGCAUCUUGGGCUUCUAAGUAGUGCAUCAAAAUGCAAAAAGAGCAAAUGGAAGUGGGACCAUUUCUUUUGAGGAAGCAAUUUAUCGCAAACGAGCAUUAAGGUGAAAUCGGCCGAUCAAACGCUGUAAUCUUCUGUGUUGUUCAGGAUUGGACUAUUAGAUAGUGGCCCGAUACACGCUUUUCACUUCCGAUCCAAUACCGAUAUUGCUUCCUUGAAUAUUGGCUGAUACUGAUAUCAAUCCAGUUCAAUAUCAGCACAAAUCCUGCAUACUUUUAUUACUUAUUUAUGACUUAAACCAGUUGAAAAACUGUAAGAAUGUACAGUUUGUUCUGUUUGAUCUUAAGGAGGUUCUAAGUAGAGCUCCACACUGCAAAAAGAAAUGGGAGUGAAACGAAACAUGUUUUGAGUUCGCAAAUUUAUUGCAAACAAUCAUUAAAGUGAAAUAGGCUGUUCAUCAGCUGAUCAAAAGUUUAAGAACUCCCCAAAAUAGAAAUAAAAUGUUCAAAAAAGGAAUGAGUAGCUGCACCAUUCUUGUUCAUCACCUCAAAAUGUGGUUUGAUGCUUGAUGCCAGUGUUUCCAGGAGGCUAGUGGGAAUGUUGCUCCAACUGACUCUCUGGAAUUUUUGUAAACUUCCCUUGCCAUCUGUCCCCAAAUGUUCUCAGUUGGAUGUAGAUCAGGGGAACACGCAGGAUGUGAGAGAGCGUGAGCUUAUUCCUCUGGAAGAAGUCCUUUGUCAGGCAGGCGUUGUGAAGUGCAGCGUUGUCCUGUUGAAAAAGCCAGUCAUUACCACACAGACGAGGGCCUUCAGUCAUGAGGGAUACGCCCUGCAACAGCUUCAUGUAGCCAGCUGCCGUUUGACACCCCUGCACAACCUGAAGCUCCAUUGUUCCACUGAAGGAAAAAGCAACCAGUGCCAUGCGAUGAGGUUUUUUUGUUCUUAAAACGCUGCUCUUGCAGAUGUGGUCUGAUGGUAAUUGGACUGCACUCGGCACCAGUAGCAACCUUCAUUUGGGCCGAGGACCGUCCCAUGCCUUGACUGACAGCCAAUUGGAUCCUCCGUUUCAGAGUUUGUGACAUUUUUUUGUGUCUACCACUUGACUUUUUUGUUCCAUAAUCUUCAGGAUUUGAAGAAGUUUCAAAUGACUGUCUUACUGCGUCCAACAUCAGCUGCGAUGGUGCGCUGUGAGACGCCUUGCUUAUGCAGCUCAGCAAUCCCACCGCGUUCAAAGAGAGAAAGCUUUGUUGCCUUUGCCAUCGAGAGAUCAUGACGGUGUGAAUGCCUGACAGAACAUGACUGAGUCCACAUUUUUGCCAAGAUUUUGGCUUUUAAAGCCUGUGGUCUUAAACUUUUGAUCAGCUGAUGAACAGCCUAUUUCACUUUCAUGCUUGUUUGCAAUAAAUCGCUUACUCUAAACAUUUUUUGUCUCACUCCCAUUUCUUCUUUUUGCAUUUUUUUAAGUGCAAAAUGUACAUUCUUGCAAUUUUUCAACUUGUCUUAAAAUUUUGAUUAGGCCUGUAUACUGUAUGUUUCCCUCAAUGAACCGCGGCUCUCCAGUGCCAGCAGCACUCAAGCAAACCCCAGACCAUGACGCUACAUCAUGCUUUGUGCUCUCUUGUGUUGAUACUCAUUUUCAGUGCAGAGCAGAAGUGCGAGCAAGUCAGUGUUUUGCAAGUCUCGAGUCAAGUCUGAGUGCUGACACAGCAUUCAGGAUUUAGUCAGCGCACAGAAAUCCAAACGUGUUGUCUUAAACCUGAUUGGACGUUAAUAGAUGCAUUCAAUGAGGCAGACUUUGAAUGGGGGAACAUUUUACUGAAAAUGCUCAAGUAUUUUCAAGUCAUCAACCUGAAGUCGUGGAUGUCAAAGUCCAAGUCGACUUGCAGCGCUUUGAUGAUAUUGUCAAGUGGAGCCCGAAGUCAUCAAAAUUGUGACUUCAGUGCGACUCGAGUCCAAGUCGCGUGAUUCGAGUCCACAGCUCUGGUGCAUAGUAAGUCUAUGCUGCCAUACAAGCUGUACACUGGCUACUCUUGAGCAUAUCCAAGUUUUGUUACUGCAGUAUUGUCCCUUGAGAAGAUGUACUGUGAUAAGAAUGUGAGGGGUGUACUGACUUUGGUGAGAUGCUGCAUGUGCCACAUCUAAACCAUCUAUACGGUAAACGUGUGUGCCAGGUUCAGGGCAUCGUUCCUAACAGAUCCCCUAAACAGAGGAGCUUAGAAUCAGUACAGCCUCAGCUGCACACGUGACAUUUAUUACAUUUUAGGGCCUAAUUUUAAAAUGCCAACUGCUCCUGGCUCCAUUAAAAUGUAUGAAAAUGUCCAAUAAUUUUGUGUUUCAUUUAGUUUUUGCAGACGGAAGUGGCCAUGUGCAACUUAAUAUGUCCUUCUGUUGUUUAAUGUUGUUGUUUUUGAGAGCCCGCAGAUGCUUGCGAGAAUCAUAUGGAGGCAGCAAAACUUUUUGGUUUCUGAUAGCGUCAGGGCAAACAGAUGUUUGUUACGAUCCAGGCGGGAGAUAUUAAAAUAUAUUCAUGAAGAGACUCAUUAAACUGUGGCACACAAGCGGUGCAGUUUUAUUUCCACAGUCGUGCACUUCUAUCAGCUCCACUUGUAUGCUGUAGCUAUGUUUGCUUCACUGUUCAUUUAUCCUGACAUGAUUCUUACAUUUGUAAACACAACAUACUUGAAUUUAGGUGCAUUUGUUUUCGUUAUUUAUUUACGAUAUGUGCAUUAUUAGUAGUACAAUAAAAUAAAAAAUAAAUGAAAUCAUUACCUAAUGAUUUAUUAUCAUUAAUGUUAUACAAAUUACCUGUUAAAAUAGAGUAUAAUAUGGAUCAGAAAUCAAAAGAUCACCCUUUGGAUGUCCAACUUUUCAUUUUUGUUGCACAUUUCAUGUUCACACUGCUUAUUUCGCAUACAUGUGGUGUAAUGCACUAUGUUGUCAUUAAAGCAGCGUUCCAUGUUUCCUAUUUGAAUACCACUUCCAGGAUGAGAUGCGUGUGAACCGAAGCUGACAAGAAGAUUCUGGAGACACGCGUUGUUUACAUUCAGGUUUUCAUUCAAAGUGUUAAAAAAGGCAACAGGACCAUAGCCAUCGAUUGGCAUAGUUUUAAGAGGAAAUACUGUAUUUUUCA